UUUAUGUACACGAGUUGAAAUUAAUAUUAUUUGUAUUUCGUAAAAUUUUGUAGGCGCCCAAAAUGUUUCUAUCAAUAAUUAGGUAAUAAAAACACUUAAAACAAUGUGAAACCAUAGUUAUUAGUUGGCAUUAUAGUUAUCUAGUUACGCACUUACGCGUGUAAGCGCCAGUAAUUUUUUUUUCUGUCUACGCCGUGUGACUCGAGCAUGUAACUGUAAUAUUGUAUCUAAAUGCACCUGUAAGUCUGAUUAAUUGUUGUUGUUGCUAUUUAACACACAAUUCACAUUGCAACAACAUGAGUCCUAGAGAUUUCCUGUACCGGUUGAGGAGGAGUUUAGAAAAAAUUAAAAUAUCGAAGAAAAUCGCCAUUGUAGUCACUUUUAUCGUCACUUUGAUAUUUUAUUUAAGUCCUUACUGGAGAUCAUCCAACAACCGAAGUCUAGAGUAUGAUGAAUUAUUUAUGAAAAAUGGUCUAUUUGAGAAACUAUCUUUUCAUAAACAAGCUUAUGAUAUGUUUGAUGCCAACAUUAAGCAUGAACCACUGGAUGCUGAUGAAAAACCAUACAAAGAAUUUAUAGGAAAUGGUUAUUUUGGAAUAACACUUGACUAUGAUUCUCCAAUCUAUAUAAAAGGCAAUAGAGCAUUGUCAAUACCUAUUUAUUGGUAUCCAGUAAUCAAAAUAGAUAUUGAAGCUCCAUCACAAUUGGCUACAGUUGUCAACUAUAAAAAUGGUAUAGCGUACCGAUAUGAAUGUUUUUCUAACCGACUCCAAAGUAGUAUUAAAUACUUUGCAUUCCGAGCUUUACCAACAAUUCUUGUUCAGGAUAUAGAACUAACAAAUCCGACAGAUUUUGUAUUAUACGCUAAACUUAAGCAACACUCUCAUAAAACACAUGGAUGGUCAAUGUAUAACACACGUCCCAUUAAAAUAGCUGAUCAGACUGAAAACUAUAUAGUUGAAUCUGGUAUUAGUACAUCAACAUCUGACAACCCAAUUUAUGGUGUUUCAAUAACAUACUCUCAGUUUCCAAUUAAUGUUAAGGUCCUACCACAUAGUAUAUUUAAAUUACGUAUUAUUAUUUCAAUCGAAUAUUUGGCUUUAAAAAAUUCCUUAGAAUUUACUGGAGUUAGAUCAACUUUGGAAAAAAAAUCAAUUGAAUCAAUAUUGAAAAUCUCUCAUUAUGAAAAUAUUGAAAAAACACAUAUUGAUAUUUGGGAGAAGCUGUGGAGUACUGGCUUUUCAAUAAGCAUGUCAAAAGCCAGUGGUGUUUUAAAUGGUGAUUUAAUCAAUGCAACUGUGUAUAAUGUUUUAUCCAGUGUUCGAGCACCUUCCUAUGAAAUUUCAUCUUCUCCUGCUAUUCUUGCUAAAGUUGCAAAUAGUCUUUCAUAUUGUUUAAUAUUAUUUUUUUACAUGAUCAGGCGUCUUAACUAUGGAAAUAUGACUCAUAUAAAUGUGACAGUUUCAGUCCAAGAAAAUAAUAAAGCCAUUAUCUCUGUAGCAAUAGACCGCAGCGAUAAAAAUUAUUAUGCUUGUGAUGGAGGAUGUUUAGAUGAACCUGUUUUGUUAGGGCCAGAAUAUAAAACAUUUCCAGUUAAGUUAACUGAUCCUGUAACUGGAAUAUUAUAUAUAACCUAUGAUAAAAAACACAUGGAAGACUUAAAACAUGCAAUUCAUGUUAAAGAAGUUUCAGAGGCUCCUGCACAUGAACAUCAUGUACUAGCACUUCAUAAACAUGGUCACCGUCUUGGAGGAUUGCCAACAUUUUUCUGGGUUGCAAUUGGUUGUUUGAUUGUUGUAUUUCACCUUUUCCUAUUUAAACUAAUUUAUAAUGAGUACUUUAACUGGCAAGAUAAAUCAAGGAUAAAAUAUGGUAAACUAGCAUAUAAAUAAACUUCAUGAUAAUUAUGUCUUUUAAAAAUCAAAUAACUAAUAAAGUAACAACUUUAUUUCCCAGUUAUUAUAUGUUAUUUUAAAAGUAAUUUACAAACCAUUAUAAUUUUUAUGAUUUAUUAUCAUUGUUAAUUCGAUUUAAAACUCAUWAGAUCUCAUGUUUAAACAACUAAUAAUGUAAUAAAAUU